GAGGAAGAAACGGUGAAGUUGGCUGCCUCAGAGGCCAGCACCCUGCCAUGGUCAGCUGACCAACUCGGCAAAAGAGACGUGCCAAAAGACUGUGCCAUGCCCGUAAAAGAACCGACAAGCCAGGAGAAAGAGAGGGAGACGGAAAAAGACGAACUCUCAGAGCAGGGUCAGCAGAGCCGGACGGAGAGCGCGAGGGAGCUGGGCAUGCGAGACAGCGGAGUGGUGGCAGAUGGCGACUGGAGAGAGGAGGAGAGGACGAGGGGCGCCGGGUGGGCCGGAGACGAUGGAUCGCUGGCUGACAACGAGGAAGAGGAUGACGACGACGAAGAUGACAAAAGCCAAGCACAUCGGAUCCCCGAGAAAACCAGACCCGUCUUCACCCCUGAGGUCACGGUCGUGAAGCCUUCCAGUAACCUGGAGUUACCAGACGAUAGCAGCUUUAAUGCCUUGGAGCUAAUAGAAAGAGUUCCUUUGCACGCCACGCAAAACGACCCGCCCCCUCAGUAUUACCACUCACCAUGGCUCGACACAGUGGACAAACCCAAAGGUGUUCCUAGUUUCUGUGUGGAGGUUGCGAAACUUGGUUUCUCUCUGGCAGGGGCAGCAGUGUUUUUCCCAUUGCUUGUGUGGCUUGGUUAUACCUACUUGCCCUUUGAGUCCCCUCCCAUCCGUGCCGGUCCCCUCAGGCUGGUCUACACGCUGCGCUGCUCCGUGUUCGCCACGCUACCCAUUGUGCUGGGUGCACUGGUACAGGGUGUGGCCCGGCUAAAGUUUGGUGCUCUGAAGCCUUUGUUUGACGGUAAAUGGGAAAGCAGGGAGGUGGCAGUGCACAGUCAUUACGUGCGUGAAUCUGUCUAUCUCUUCCUGCUUUACUUCACCCAGCUCGGUCUCCUGGCCACGUACCUGACGCAGGACAUGCUCAGACUCGUCCCCCUGCUCACCAUCAUCUUCGUGUUCGGCAGGCUGAUCUACUGGGCCUGCGUAUCGUUCGGCAGCAGCGUUCGAGGUCUGGGCUACGGUUUGACGUUCCUGCCUAUACUGAUCAUGCUGGGAUUUAACCUCUACUUCGUCUGCUCCCCGGUUGGCCAGGGAUCGAUUUUUGAAGUGGCCCCUCCCACAACAGCCCCGCCCCCCAAACGGAGAUGGUGGGGCUAG